UGCACAUGGCUUAUCCUCUGAACAUCAAUUAAAACCAGUUAUGCUUUUGAUCUAUGUCCAAUCAAAUCGGGCAAAGCUCUGCUCAGUUAGAACUGUGCAGAUGUUGGAUGAUUAGUUUUUCGCGAUACUUCAGUGAUUAGGGAGUUUUUUUUCCCGUAGUCACUAGUUCCGUUUGCUUCUUUAAGUGGCAAUUAAGCACUUGACUCUGCCCAACAUCGCUUCAUCUAGACGCUACCAGUGGCCAAAUAUGUCGGUGAUUAGUUCUCGUUAAGAGUUUUCAGCUGUAUAUACAAUAGUUCGAAGACACACACACACAUUGAUCACUUUACAAUGGAGGAGCGAGUUUAUAGCAACGACCUCACUUAUCCCAAAGAAGCAAAAAAGUGUUUGGUAUACAGAAUUUUUGGACAAGUACCAGCCAGGCUAGUACUCUAUCUCUUAUCAUGGUCCGGUUUUCUGGUUUCUUUUAUGAUGAGAAACGACAUCAAUCUAGCUAUUGUGGCUAUGGUUGCUGAGCCACCUCAUACGGCCAAUUCCUCAGCAGAAUAUUGCUUUGUGGUCGAAGAUAACAACAACACUGCUCCAUUGGAUUAUGGCGGUACUUUGAAUUGGUCAGGCCCAGUCCAAUCCUACGUGUUAGCUUCGUUCUACUGGGCGUACAUAGUGUCCCAAAUAGUUGGUGGACUGGCCACUCAAAAACUGGGAACCAAGCGCGUGUUUGGCUAUUCUCAGCUUGCCACCGCCUUAUCCAGUCUGUGCAUUCCAAUUGCUGCGGAAAGCCAUUUCGGCUUCGUGAUCGCUUUACGAUUCGUCCAAGGAUUCGCAUCGGGGCUGACAUGGCCUGCUAUGUACGCGCUAGUGGGGCACUGGAUCCCUGUGCCAGAAAGAAGUCGAUUCAUGUCCAGUUUUCAAGGUUUUAGCAUUGGAAUAGGAGUAACUUAUCCCCUAUGCGGAUUUCUGAUCGCUCAUCUCGGCUGGAGAUCGGUGUUUUAUACUACCGGUUCCAUUGGCGUCGCAUGGUGCCUUAUUUGGUACCUGCUCGCCUUCGAUAGUCCAGAAACUCAUCCACGAAUCAGUUUAAGGGAACAAAAAUACAUUAGAGAAAAUACUGUGAAUACCUAUGAAAAUUCCAGGCAGCAGCAGGUGCCCUGGAAGUCCAUACUUACUUCGAAAGCCGCUUGGUCCAUUGGAAUCACCACCUUUGGACGAAUUUGGGUCCAUUAUACGUUCAUCAUUUCAGGACCAACUUAUAUGAAGCGAAUUUUGGGAUUUAGCAUAGAGAAGAACGGUCUACUAUCGGGGGCGCCAUUUAUCUGCAGUUACAUCGCAUCAGUGUUUUUCUGCUACAUUGCCGAUAAAUUAGUGACUGGAAACUACAUGUCUCUAACUAACGUUCGGAAACUCAUGACCGCUCUCUCUCAAGUAGUUCCUGGCGCUUUGGUCCCAUUGGUCAGCUAUUUGGGGUGUGACAUUGAACUGGUUCUGGUUGUAUGGUUUAUUGCCGUCACCAUGAUUACAGCUUCUUAUGCUGGUGCUAUGGCUAACAUAGUGGACAUAGCGCCGAAUUUUGCGGGCCCCGUAUUAGCAUUUGCUCAAACCAUCCAUAUGACUGCGAGCUUUCUGAGCCCGCUAGCCAACUUUCAGAUGUUGGACAAACAGGAGCAUCUAAUGUCCGCUUGGCGAACGGUUUUCUACGUUUCUUGUCUUGUAGCCUGUGUCACUUAUGUGUCUUAUCAGAUGUGGGGAACCGGAGAUAUUCAGCCAUGGAACGAGUCGGUUGACGAUGUCGAUAAGAAGGAGGUGGAGGAGCUUGUGAAGUCGAAGAAUGAUGUAGAAAUCACUAAUGGAUUAGGCUCGAAUAGUAGCAGUAAGGAAAAUAAUUCGCAUACUAUUAGUAGAAAUGACAAUAUAGCUUGAGAGUGUCUGCGGCAAGUUCGGAUGUUCUGAGCGAAUGCUAUCUUUAGUUUCCUUGUACAGGGUGAUUUUGAUAAUUUUCUUACUUUUGUACUUACGGGUUCUACACUACAAUCUCACAAUUUUUAAAUCCCGAUACCCUUCUAUGGUUACAAUAUUGACUUAAACACUUUAGUUAGAUUGGGUGAAACGGUGCACUUCGGUCGGGAUUUCAUCGGCUCUAUAACUUAAAUAUUUUAGGGAACGAAAACUUGUUCUCCAAUUUCCUCAUAUUUAUUGUGAUAAAACUAGUUUUAAGGAGUAAUACAGUUUUAGAACACAAACAAAUUAUGGAAAAUAUAUUUAAAUAUGGAUGGUGUUAGGCGGUAGCCCCCUAUCAAGUUUUAUUCAUUAUACCUUUAUGAAAUGGAUUAUUUGAAUAGGACAAUCACAUAACCACCAAACACAAGUAUUCAAAGAGUGGCAACCGCAAAAUAAUAUCUUCUUACAUAAAGUACAAGUUUGCGGCCCUUUGAAUGCAACGCAUAUUGAUGUCUGAGUGUUUAAUUUUUCUGGACUAUAAUCCUUCUGAGAACUUGCUUACUUAAUAUUUACAUUAAUGCACCAAACAUUUAUGGCACAGCCUUACAUAAAUGUACUUAAUUUUAUAAUGGGAUCAGCUGCAUUGUCUUGAGCCGAACAUUCCAUUGAAAAUUCGUAUUAAUAUCCUGAACGGAAUAGCACUUGCAUAAUAUAAGGUAGAGCUUAAAACGUUCUGUUAAUUAAAUAAGGAAAUUCGCAGCAGGUGCUGCUGUAGAAAGUGAUUUUGUUGUUAGGGAAUUUUGGAGAAUCAGAGAUUUUUGCAAUUUGCCCAUCAAAAUGAUAAAGUUGUGCUAUUUAAGACAGACAUGUAGAGAUAUAUAUAUUAUAUUGUUCGAGAAUUAAACUUAUUUUUCCAUUAAAA